AACAUGAAUAAAAAGUUUAAAAAAUGGCAGAAAUAAUACCUAAAAUAAAAAUAUUACAAAUUUAAUAAAAUAAACUAAAAUAAUUAGUAUCAGUUGACAAUCUCUUAUAGACUGAAGGAUUAUAAAUUUUGUGACCUAUGUUUUGAUAUUCAAACUUAGCUUGCAUUGUUAGAAAUUUAGAAAGUUAGUUUGGAAAGGUAGUUGGAUCAAAGCAAAAGAAUUGUUAUAUACAACAAAAUUCCACUACCACUAGUCCACCACUAUAUCCUAUCAUCCUAUCAAAAGGGUGCUUUUUCUAUUGUGAAAAGAGCUUACCAAUUACCAAUCAUCAAAACAUGGGAUUACAAAAGGGAGAGUUGUUGGUUAAAUUACCAAAAUACCCACCAACCGUGCCGCCAUCGGCACCGCCACGACGUAGGUGGAGUAGCUAUACAAGGAGGGAGAUUGACAAGUUUUGGAAGAAGAAAAGAGUUGAAGAAGAACAACACUUUCUUGCUGCUAUUAAAGCUGCUGCACGUCUUAGAGCUUCUCAUUUCUCUGAUGAGGAUUAUAUGAUAUUUUUAGAAAGUUUAGAGAAUAUUAAGAACAAUGAAAAGGAUGAUACCAAUAUCAGUCACAUGACAUGUUGUGAAAAUGAUCAAGAGAUUCGUGUUGGAGUUAAGGAUUGGUGGACAAAGAGCAAAUAUGCAUACUUGAACCAACCAGCGCUAGGAAACGCAAGUCAUCCAAAUAGAAGAUCAAACUACAAACCAGACAGCAUUUGGUUCUACAAAAAUCCUUCCUCAAUGGGAAAUAAUUCCUCAACUCAAAGUGUUUAUCUUGGGGUGUACUAAAUUGCACCUUAUAUUCCUUCCAAUUUCCAUGCACCUAAAUUAUAUAUGUAUCGCAUCAAUAUUAUUCUCUCUGUUUCUAAGAAAUUGCAACAAUAUGAAAUUACAAAAUGAAAAGUGUUGCAAUUUCUUUGGACACGGAGUAAUUCCAACACAUGCUUACUCUUUCUUGUAAGUGAUAGAAAGAGGAAAGCAUUAUAAAGUUUGGUGAUUGGUGUAUAUAAGUAUAACUAUGAUUGUAUUAGACAUGCUUUUCCUUGAUUUGUAAUUCUUAUUGCUUUGUAAAUAAAUUGUGUUUGUUAUUUGGACA